AUGAGGAAGGAACAGAGUUCAGUCUCUCCUAGUGAUGAAGAAUUAUUGAAAGAACUCAGGACUGUAUCUUGGAUCGGUACAGCUGCUGGAGUCCCUGACGAGGAAGAAACCGGAGGAAAGGGACAGCUGUACAAGUCUUACAAUUUCAGACGCUGUAUGUAUGCUAUAUGUAAUCAACUUGGUAUAUGCAAUGAAAAUUUGUUCGUUAGUGAACGGGUUUGUGAAAAAUUAGGCCAAACGAAAAUAGAAAAUAAGCAUGUUGAAUUGAAUGUUGCCCUUCAUGCUUUCAUAAUUCUCGACGAAGAUGGAUUAAGAAUUUUAGAACGACAUCCCAUUCAUGUUAUUUCUUAUGCUUCAUCUGGCGCAGAGGAGAAUAUCAAAGGAAUAUUUUGUUUCGUCUCUCAUCUUCAAGAAUUUGGAAGACGAUGUUUGGUAUUUAUGGAACCUGAUAAAAAUGUUGACUUUAUUAUGGAAACUAUUCUUCAUAUAUUCAGAUUAAAUAAUAAAGAACAUGAAACCGAGGCAAGAGUAAUUUCAAAACCAUUCGAUAGUGCUUGUAAUCAGGUUUAUCCAGAUCAUUUGUACAUGAACAUAUGUAAUUUACCGGCAGCUAUGGGUCUUGAUAGACAACCAUGGUAUCACGGUGAAAUGGAGCGAGCUACUGCUGAAUCAAUGCUGCAUCUUGAAGGUGAUUUUUUGGUGCGGGCGAGCCCAAAUACUGUGAAUAAUUUUGUGCUAUCCGGCAUUGCAAAUUCAGUUGCAAAGCACUUUUUGUUACUAGAUGAAAAUGAUCAAAAAGUGCGUAAGCAGCGACAGGUGUUUGAGACUAUUGUCGAAUUGAUUGAAUACCAUCGGGGAGAGAAUGUACCAAUUAUCUCGGAAGGUAGUGAAUUGCAUUUGAUUCGUCCCAUAAUGAGAAGAGGUAACUUGUUUGCCUUGUUGAAUUACUCGAUGCUGUUGGGACGCUGUUUAAUUCUAGCACUCUUUAUGUUACUGACUGUACAUCCUUCAUAUUCUCUACACAUUCUCGAUACAAAUGUAUUGUGCGAUCAGCUGAUAAUAUUGUCUAAUUUGCAGAGCAAUUUUGUGUUCAGUGUUCGGUUUGAAGAGCCUUUCCAAGGCAUCAUUUACAGCGAGAAAAGCUUUCCUAAUUGCAUUUAUGUGAAUGCAUCAAUUUUAACCAAAUCAUACUACAGCAUAAAGAUACCUCUGGAUGCAUGUGAAACGAGCUAUAAUUCAGAUGGUAAUCUAGAAAAUAUAGUAGUUGUUCAAGAAAGUCCUCAUUACUUGACCGAAAAUGACAGAAAAUAUUUACUUACAUGUGUUCCAGCCUCCACCACUCCCAGGUAUAUCAUUAAUAAAAUUUUUAGCAUUUUAUCGGAAACAGUCAGUUUCGGUGGUAUCACCGUAAACAGCGAUGUAUUUACAACAAUUCAUGCUACAGGCAUUUCUGACUCACGAGUGCAAUACAAAGUUGAGUUGAAGAAAGUUGAUUCAGAUGGUAGUUUGCGUUCACUUGAUGGUCCCGUUCUUGUUGGUGAUGAAAUUGUCUACGUCAUACGAGUAAAUUCAGAAGCAGUAGAUACUAGAAUUGGUCAUUGCUGGGCACGUGAUGGUCAAUCGACAUUACAACUUUCAGACGAAGAUGGUUGCAGCGUUCAAGAUAGAAGUGAGGUUUGGAAUCAGUUUGAACGUCAGAAACAAGGCGAUGAGUUGAUUUUCAAAAAUCAGAUCAAAGCUUGGGCUUUUCCAACGAGCAAUGAAGUAAACAUAUUUUGCAAUCUGCAUACUUGCCGUGUUGCGUGCUUUCACGUUUCUUGCUCAGAACGGAGGUUCCGUCGGAACGUAACGGCUGUCGAAUAUGAAGAAAAUGGCAUGAUUAAGAUGAUAAAAGCUGGUUUAUUUGUCCAUUCUGGAGGAAAGAAAUGGAACAGAAGAAAGUUCGCCUUGUUUUUAUAUUCAUCAAAUCUUAUUUUCUGUUAAUG